UUGUGUAUGAUACCUGAAGUAGAGUUCAAAAGUCUCCACCAUUGUUUGUUCACAAGGUCCUGAGAAGCCGUGUUUCUCGACUGAAGGGCUGGAAAGGAAAGGUUCGGAUUAUUUUUGGAGAGAGGUGGAGUGAGAGGGUAGGUUAUCAAUUUAUGAAUGUUUUCUGAAACAUACCUAAGAGUCCAAAAAUGUAAUGUUUCUGUAUGUUUAAGGUGAAAUGUGAGUAAUGCUUCAGGUAAUUACUUGGUGUUGAUUUUUUUUAAUGUGAAAGUAUUUCCGCUUCCUAUUUAACUCUCAUUAUGCUGUACUCACUGUAAUUCUGCAUUUUCCAUAUAGGUACUAUGGAUAACCUUCACUUGAGUGUCAUAGCUGUGGUCCUUUACUUUAGUCUUCCUGGAUCAGUGGGGAUCAAGUCACAGCAGAUCCUUCUUGAUACACAUAACCAUUCAGACUGCUGGUGGGAUUGGGAGUUCUCAGUGAAUUGUUCUUUUACUGGACUAUCCCUGAUUCCAGAAGAUGUAUUCCAAAUGGCAAUAACAGCUGAUUUUAGUUACAACAACAUUAAAACUUUUCUGCACACUGAUAAAGGAAAUGAAGAGUGGAUGCUUAAACACCUGAAUCUUAGUAACAACCUGAUCUCUGAACUCUCCUUAACUACUUUUAGAAAUUUGCCCAUUUUAGAAACUCUCAAUCUCAAUGAUAACGCCAUCCACACCCUGACACUGGACAUACCUAUGCCUGCACAUGGGUCUCAGAAGUAUGGAAAACACUCUCACCUCCUGCCUGCUUUGAAAGUAUUGUCAGUUGAAAGAAACAACCUUAAUACAGUUCCAAGAGGACUAGGCCUGCUGCAGUCCUUACACACUGUCCAUUUCUCAUCCAAUGGUAUACGACAGAUUGAUCUGAAUGAUUUUCAGAACUGUUCACAGCUGAAGGAUAUCGACUUGCAAAACAACAAGAUAACUGAAAUUAAUCCAGAAGCCUUCAGGAAUCUCAACAAAUUACAGGUUGUGAAUCUCCGUGGAAAUGCUCUAACAACCCCUUUACCACAGAUACUAAUCAGUCUGAACUUCUUUCAACUUGAAGUGGGCUUGUCAAAUAAUGCCUGGAUAUUUAACUGCAGACUAAAUACUUUCAAACAUUUAUUUCAUUUUCUUUUUGACUCCACGAGGCAAACAUGGAGCAUUUCAUACAAUCAAUCUGCCAACAACUCACAGAAACCUCUCCUGUAUCUUUCAAGUUUUCAUUUAAACUGCAGCAACAGAGUUUUGCUCAGGACUGCUGUAAUCCCAGCAGAGAAGAAGUCAGUGCUAGAGUGUGACUUGGACAACACAAGAGGUAAUCAAGUCUCUUGGUGGACACCUAGGGGCAAAAUUUCAAAAGGUAACAAUCUUCAUCAUGUAACACUGGAUAAAGUGAAUAAUUUAGUGAUACACAAUGCUGAGAAAACUGCUAAAGGUUUAUACAUGUGUAUUUUUAAUACAACAAAGAAGAAAUAUCUCAUCUACAAUAUAGAGGUGAAAGAAGAGGUUUCAACAUUUUUGGUUCGAAAAGCCCGGGACACUAAUGCUGUUCUUAGACAAGGAAGAACAGAGCAAGACUUUGCGCUGGCCGUCUGCCUCUCAGUGCUCAUUACGUUUGCUUGUGCUUUUUGUCUGGGUGCUUUUGCUAGACCCUACCUUGGGAGCCUGUGGAGACUCAUGUGCAGGAAGAAAAAUUCAGGUUCAGAACAUAUUUACUCUAAUCAAGCAUUUUCAGACGAAACCUUGAGCAGAGAGUGCUCUGCAAGCAAAGCAACACAUACGCAGCGUGAUCUGUUCAUUUCUGAUGGGAAUUCUACAAGAAACACGUGUGUUUUGCCUACAGAAACUUCUGCUUUGUAUGAAAAUGUUACUGGUAGCCAUGUACCUGCACCAAAUACUGAAGAAUACCAGAAACAAAGCAAUAAUGAGAUCAAUGUGAAGAAAAAAACAGCAUUUUCAGAUAUCAAAACUAGAAUCAGCAGUGAUGAAGAUGUAAACUUGAGUGAUAAUGGACUACUUUCUGUAAGGGUAGAUAACAAGAACAGCAAUGAAGUCAUGCCAAGAAAAUUAUCAAGUAAUGACAUUGCAUUACAGAAAGGUUCAAAAUUUACAAAUAACGAAGACUCGGAGAAGAGCAGAUUCCCUCCCAAACCCAAGAAACUGAAUGCUGACUAUUGCACAAAUCACACUGUCUCUUCAUAUUCAGAUUUAUCCUUCAUGGGAGAAACUGGCUUUCCAUUUUCCACAAUACCAGCACAUACAGUUGCAGAAGAUUCUAGGAAUAGCAAGAUCAGCAGCAACUCUGGUCUGCUGCAGUCUGAAAGCAUAAAGGCUGCACCAGAUUCUCCUGAAAGAAAAGGUAUAAUUUCACAUAACGAACCCAUGAGCACUACAAAAUAUAUGCCUGGAAGACAAAGCUGUGAACAACCUGGUUUAAAUGGCAACAUAAAUACAACCAGUGAUGUGGGAGAUGUUAUUUUACCCAGUAGCUGCAAGAGAGACACAAAUAUUGAGAAUUUAAGCGUCUACCAAACAAUAGAAAACUCUCCUCUUACAGAGUAUGACUGUAAAACUGAACAUACAAAUGAAAGAGGUACUUCAGCAGAUAUGUUUGACGAUAGUUCUUCAGAUGAAGGGACUCCAUUCACAUUGAGUGACUGUAGUUCUUUAGCAGACUUUGAACUGGAAGAACCUGAUGUUAGUGACAACCUGCCAGUCUGUCAGUCACCACCAGAGGAAGUCAAUAAGAACAGUGGAACUGAGAAGUUCUCAACACUGCCAGAGUCUCCAAACAUUGCUACUGAGCUUCAGCAUAUUGGAAAAAAUGAAGACAAGAAAAUCACUAUUAAUUUUGGGUCAGAUACCAGCAUGCCCGAAAUAGUAUCACCUUACGUUGAUAAAUGUAGUGAUCACAUAAAUAUGUCAGAUUCAGACACAGUUAGUUCUUCAAGUCAAGAAGUUCCUGAUACACUUGGUUAUUUUACUAAAGAAGAGUCAACAGGACAAAACUCUAUUUCUAAUUCCCUCCACAAUCAAAGUACAGACUUCAGUAACAUGUUACUUUCAUUAAAAGAUUCUCCCACAUAUGAUACAGGUAGAGAGAGCACUCCUGAAGAGGCUGAACUGCAGCUCUAUCAGUGGAACCACACUGAACCUCAGCAUUCCCUCAGCUUCAGUCCCACUGAACAAGAAGGAAACACACCAGAGGGAAGUACAGAUGAACACACAGAAAGGAACUCCUCUGAAAAGAAUAAUAGUGAAGGAGACAUUACAUUAAGAAGAAAUACAAGUACAUCUGAGGAUGAUGAUUUUAUUUUUGCUCCCAUUGAUAUUGCUUUGAAUGAAAUUGUGAAGAAAACAUUGCUAUUGCGUUCUAGCGAUGAAUCAUCUCUUCAGUCCCUGCCUGAACAGACAGCUGAAAAACAUUUUAGAGUUACUUCAGAGAAAGAUGACUUGCUACCAGAGGGGAAGCAGGUGAACACAACUAAGACUUGUGCAGAUAAAAUGCAAGGAGGUUUUAAUGAGAAAAACCGUGAUGGAUACAUGGAAUUAGAGGAUACCAGCAACUCUAGUCUGCCUGAAGAAACACAGUCUUGCAAUCUCAUGGCAGAUUUGCUGCAUCUUCACUCUUCUGAGAAAACACAAUCAGUUUUCAACAUAGAUCAUUUCCAGCUGGAUCAGAGUGACAAAGAUGCACAUUCCUUCUCAGUGCCACAAGGCUUCCAUGAGAACACACCAUACAGUUCAUUCUUAGAAAAGACUACAGGAAAUAUAAUCUCCAAAAGCACCGAUUCCAGAAAGAUGGAUGACGACACUACUUGGACUGGACUGGACAACCAUUCCACCACAGCAGCCAGCCUCCAAAAUUCAAGUGAAAAACUCAGUCAGAAGGGUCAGACCAAUGUAGGACAGGGACAGUUUUUUGUUAAGAAGAAAAGAGCAUUUGAUGGAUUUGCUCAUGUUUUACAAAGCAGGAGAACAGACUUCAGCAGUUGAGACACAAAAGUAUAUUAGGCUCCCACAGUGUUUAUAUCAUAUAGUAACUGCAGAAAAUUAUUGUGUAGCUUUUAAUAACUGUUAAAUACUGUUGGUUGCUUUUGCUGCCCCUCAUCCCUGGACACUGCCUAUAGCUUCAGAAAUUGAAGUUAUGGAACUAGACUUAACAAUGAGAUGUAUAAAGCCUGGAUCUAUCAAAUAUAAAACCACUGUCAUUCCAAGCGGUAUUUCAGGCCAGAAGCCAUGGACUUCUGUUUAGAAGAGUACUUGUAAAAAAAAAAAACAAACAAAAAAACAAAUCAACAACAAACAAACCACAAACCAUACCAAAAACACCAACAAAAAACAAACAAACAAAAAACAAACACCAAGAAUAGAUUUUAUGAAAAACAACUCUGGGAUACUCAAAUGAGUAAACUAUUCAGUAGUUGUAACAGCUAAUAAAGGUUUUACUGAGUUACAUUUACUUUGGCACCAAGAUAUUAAUUUCCCUUAGAAUUUGCCUCUGAUAUGCACCGUUUUGUUUCUUUGUCUAAAAUAAAUGUAACACUGAAAUUAUCAUUACAUUAGUAUUAUUAUUGUGUUUUCCUGUGGGACUCACCCUAUACAGUGAAUUAGUACAGUCUUCUGCUUUCUGAACCAAAUUUGUAGAUUAAGUGACUCUGAAUUCCCAGUUUUACAAAGAUAGGUAAAGUCCAAGCAGCAUUCAAUUACAUUAAAAAAAAUACUUUUUAACUUGGAAAGACAAAGAGAGUAAUUAAACCAUUCUCUACUAAGCUAUUAUUCCCUAUAGAAA